GUUUACAUUUUGUGCUGUGCUGUGCAUUAAAGCAGAUAAACUAAAUAGAUAGUCGCUUCAGCCAUGUUUGGGAGUCUGAAGAAAAAACUGAGCAGCGCCAUUCAGGAGGGCAUUGUGAUCUCAGAGAGUCUGCAGCAGCAAUAUCGCCAACGUGUCAGUUCUGGCCAGUCGAGCGCCGCCACAACACCCACAUCGCCCCUGGGACUCAACGAGAGUCUGGCCUCGAGUCGGAGUAGCUCUCUGUCCCUAGGUGCACCCUUCCAUUUGGCGGAUGCUUUGCCUUCGCAUCUAAAUGUGGCGGCGGGGUGCAGCCUCUUGGCCAUGUACGAAGAUGACUGGCAGCAAAUUCAUGAGACCAACGAGGAGAACGCAGAACGCGCUACCGCCGUUGCGACACAGAUAACUGCCGUUCAGCAGAGAGCGGAGCGACAGCGGAGGACCAUCAGCGAUCUCAGCGGCAGCCUGGCUGGGAUACCCACGCUGAUACCAAAGCUCCAGGCGAGUAUCGAAACUCUUCGCGCACUGGAGGAUAUGGGAAAUCGUCUUGAAACCGAGCUAGAGAAACUCGAGGACCUUUGCGAGGAAUGCGAGAUGCAGGAAUUCAUGCUGGACAAGCAGUUUGAUCUGUCGCGACAUAAGCAACAGAAGUUGAAUGAACUGGAGAAGUACAGGCAGCACAUUGCUUCCCAACAUCAGGCGAAGAUCCAAGAUCAUGAACAACAGUUGAGGAAGCUUCAACGCGAGCGCCAGGCGGUCUUUGACGAUGCUUUUCGUUGUGACAUGGAUGAGUAUAAGCAGUACGGCCAACUGACAAAAAUUCAAGCCACUCAGGCUACUAGCAACAAGUUGGCCCUGGAGGAAGUUGUUUUAGAGGCCAACGAUGUGGAGACCAAGGACGCUUUGGAGCAGUUUCUCAACGGAUGAGAGCAUGUUCGCCUAGAACAAUUUGAGUGUGCCUUUACAUGUGCAAUUUGCAGUUAUUUCGGUUUUAUACGUAUUUAAACCUGCCUUUUUUUAGGCAGUAUAGCUUCAAAAC